CUCAUUGGCAAUCUCCCUACUCAUCUUUGUAUCGGCUUAUUGGCAAUCCUCUACCCAUCUGUGCUGAUAGUAAGAUUCUGUAGUUCGGUUAGUAAUGGAGUGUAUAGUUGCGAAUGUGGAUCACAUGCGUUUUGAUAUAGAAAUAGCUCUUGAUGAACAGUAUGGAGCAUUACCGCUACCAUUUACAGGAAUGGAUAAGUCAAUAGCUGCGGUGUGCCAAUUUUAUCCACGAGGAACAUGCAUUAAAGGUGCAUCAUGUCCAUUUAGACAUGUUCGUGGUGAUAGAACAAUCGUUUGCAAGCAUUGGUUACGAGGUUUAUGCAAGAAAGGGGAUCAAUGUGAAUUUUUACAUGAGUAUGAUAUGACCAAAAUGCCAGAAUGUUAUUUUUAUUCCAGAUUUAAUGCAUGUCAUAAUAAGGAGUGUCCCUUUCUGCACAUUGAUCCAGAAACAAAGGUUCGUGACUGUCCAUGGUAUGACCGUGGAUUUUGUAGACAUGGACCCCUAUGUAGACAUCGUCAUGUACGUCGCGUUCUCUGCAUGGCCUAUCUGGCUGGUUUUUGUCCUGAAGGACAGAACUGUAAAUUUAUGCACCCACGAUUUGAAUUACCAGCAGUUCAAGAUAUGCAACCAAAAGAAGGAAAGAAAGUCAUGAUUACAUGUCAUUUUUGUGGAGAGGGUGGCCACAAAGCAAUAUAUUGCAAUAAAAUGCCAGCUGAUGCAAAAGAAGCACAGGUACGCUUGGAAAUGGAAGGAGGAUCUCACGCAUCCCAUCAUCAUUUGAAUGUACAUAAUGGUCCACCCACAAGAGGACCUCAAAAACCUUUGGAGGAAGUUACCUGUUAUAAGUGUGGUACUAAGGGACAUUAUGCUAAUAAAUGUCCCAAGGGACAUCUUGCGUUCCUAAGUCAUGCUAGUGGUGGUGCUGGACAAAAUCCCAAUUAUAGAAGAUGAUAAAAUAUUAAUUCUUGUAAAUUAUUCAUUAAAAUUAAUUACAUAUUAACGCUUUAGUUGGAUAUCGUAAUAUCAAUUAGAAAAAUAUCUUGCAUAUGUAGAAUUUUUGUUAUGGGUGUUCAAAAUACAUUUUGGUAUUCGCAAAUAUAGUAGAACGUUGGUGUACUGAUUAUUGAUGAUGUUAGCGUCAAUAAGAAUAUAAAGAAUAAAAAAGUAAAUACCUAGCGCAUACAUAACGACACAGUUAUAUAACACCCAAGUGCCAAUACUUUAUAAUAUGUAGAACAUGGAUAUUCAUACACCAAAAAAUGUAUGAAUCCUUCCCAGCUAACACGUAUUAUUGCCGCAAUAUAGCGUGUUAAGAACAAUGUUAUUCUAACGUUGCAAUAGAAGUAAUGCCGAGAAUAUGUUUCAAAUUUGUUAUACAAUAGAAACAAAGAAAAUGCUAGUAAAUAUUAAGCAAAAACUCGGCAAUAGUUGCAGCAAGUGAAUUAAAUUUUUGUGCGCAACUAUUGUUGCAAAUUCGUUAGCAGAAGUAAUUACUUCAGUAAAAUAAAAAUUUGUUAGCAAUAAAUUAUUGUUUUACUUCAUGCAAUCUAAA